AUGUCUGUGUUUGCCAAGAGCGUUCUCUUAUUGUUAGUGUUCACGUUUGCAUCAGCGAAACGCAUCACUGUAAGGAUUAUAAAUACUUUGGAGGGAAAAGAAGAUCUACACCUUCACUGCAGAUCUAAACAGGAUGAUCUUGGACUGCAUCUUCUCCGUCUGUCAGCAAAAAAUGGUAUGGCACUUGUUAAGGUCACAAAUUCAUUGGAUGGAAAUUUGGACUUAGCCGUUUUUUGCGAACGUCUUGCAAUUGAACCCUACGUUAUUCGGCCAGGUACUUACUAUGACUUAAUUGACACUCAUGCUAACAACGCAUUUGAAAUAAUGCCACUAUUCUUUUGUUUCUUCCAAUGGAAAGGUGCAUUUCACAACUUUGAUUUGUGUUUGGCAAGUGGUGAGGAUGGAGAUUGCCAACAGUGCCAUUGGUUGAUAACUGAAGAUGGACCAUGCAGGUACCAAGGUGCCAAUAAAACUUGUGUUAGCUGGACAUAG